GCCACAAUAUAUUCGUGGGCUUUUCAGCGCACUAUUUUCAAGCUCGUUGAGUCAUAGAUGAAAAUACAAACUGUAAGUUUUUUUUAAAAAACGGCGAUGGAGCGUAGUAGCUACAGAGAGGUUACAACAUCCGAAAAAAGCUUCCAGGUUGAUCGGACUACAGACCAAAAUCAAACCUUGCCAGCAAGAGGUGGGAAAAGUCAGUGUGAUACUCUGAUGGAUUCUAAAGCAUUCAAUCUGCUGUUGGCUGAAGAUAUUUUGGAUACAUUCAACAGAGAGUUAGAAGACAUCAAGCAUAAAAUACUAAAAACUGCAGUGCGAUGUAGCAUUCUGGAAGUGGAUUUAGCCACUCAGUUCAAUCCUUAUUACAAUGAAGUACUCAGAAAUGCUCAGGAGGCUUGUAAGCACUGCAACACUGUGAUACAGUCACAGAAAACAACUACUCAAGAGGCCACAAUAAAACAAAGAUACUUUUCCAGCGAGAAGAUUAACGUAUCUGGAGACACUGCUUUUUCCUGCACAAAGGUUGGUGAUACCACUGAUGAACAGAUGACAGGCAUUGAAACCAACAGUGCAUCCGCUGAGACUGCAUGAAGACAAUAACAAGUGUGUGUUUUUUCCUACCAUUUGAGCUUUAUCACAUCCUGCUGAAAAGGAUUUCAUUUACACGUUAUGAAAGAUGAAGAUUUGUGUUACGAACAUAUUUUCCUGAUUCAGGUGUGGUUUUUGUUUAUGUUUAUUUUGUGUCUUAAUGUUAUGUUAUUUUAUCCUUGCAUUUUUUUUAAGUAAAAGAAGUUCAAGCAGGUUUCAUAAGCUGUUCUUAUUUAGUAAAUCCAAACUACACAUUUUUAACUAUACAAACUGAUGCCAUAAUCAGUGUGCACAAUAAACUUCUAGUCCAUCAUACUAGGCUUUUGUGGUUUUUUUGGUGCAUCAUCAGAGUACUCUUCAGAUAAAUGCAAAAAAAAGUGCACUAAAGGAUAUCCAAAUGCAUGUGCAAACUUCAUUAUCACAUGCUGAAAUAGCUAUUUUCUGUAUAAUACCAGCUGUAAAUGGGUGUUCACACAUGUUAUGUUUCUAAACAUACAAAUCAAGUAAGAAUCUGGAUAUGUGUAUAAAACAAUUUUGCGCUGAUUGCCAAUGAAAUAAGACACAAAAACAAUUUGUCUAGUGGUUUGGGACUAGUCUUCUGCUUCUGCAGUUUUCAGAAACUAAACCUUAAAUCAUUUGAAAACUAUUAUAUUAGUUUUAUCUACAAGUUUAUUUGGUCAGUUUCAUUGCUCUUCUUGCAUACAAAUGGCAUCUUAACAUUACUUCAUUCCACAAAACAGAUGACACUAAUUUGUAAACAUUAACAUGAAUACCUAAUACUUUGAGCUACGGAAAAAAAUAUUUUUUACCAUAUCAUUUCAGCAACUUAAAAAUUUACUUUAUGCAAGCAAAUCUUUUAAGGAAGACCCUGAAACAAUGUUGUAUAUUUUUAAACAUAAAAAUUAAAUAUAAAAAUAAUGCAAUCAUAUGCACAGGUACAGUAUCUUUAGGCUUUGAUCUGGCUUUGACCCCUGUGCUGGUUUGCAUGCGAGGUCCUGCAAAUAAGUCUGAAGUUGCCAAUCUCAAGUACUUUGACUUUGCUAAGUUUGAUCUCAAUAGCCAACUUGCUAGUUGAGACCAGCAGCUUACGCAUUCUGAAGAUUUUACAUGCCAAAGGCAGUUUUUUUAAAACUUGCUUCUGGAAAAUGUGGGCUUAAUGUGAAGUCCAGUUUAGGACCUUACAAGUAUGGGACCAAGGCAACUCACUGGUUUGACCUGAGACCUCACAUACAAACCAGCCCUGGUAUCCAUCCGAACAGAUAACUUAAAACAUUGAAAACAAUCAUAUUAAUACACUUGGCAGUUUUAAUAGUGAAUCCAAGAUUAUGAGAGUACAGAACUUCGGAUAAAAAAAAUAAUGCCCCCAAACCCAGUGAAAGAUGAAGCGUCCAAGCUUUGUAUACUUGCAUACUCAUCAAUACCAUAAAACAAAUUUCAUUAAAAAUAAAUGGUGAAAAUUUCUUUCCUCAGCCAUUUAAAGUUUCACCUUGCAAAGUUACCACUUUUGAUGCAAAGAACUAGUAGCUGGCAUGUUCAACAAAGGCAACAACAGAAGAAAUCUUGGGGAAGAAAUUAUAGGAAGUGAGAAGGGUGUUGGAGAAUUUGGUCCCCUAUUCAUCCUUUCUGAGAAAAAUGAUGAUGGGUUACAAGUUACAUAGACACAUGAUACCAUGAACAACAAUUAUAUCACAGCAGAAAAUUUGUGUCAGUAUGCGUUGUAGUACUAUGGCUUAUUUGCACUGAACACGAUGGGUGCUUUUUGUGAAACCAUUAUUUUAUAUUGUGAAAGAAAGCAAGUGACAUUUUAACUUAUGUAACUUUUCUUUUCAUGAAUACACUCUCAAAAGGAGUUUAGGCUUUAACUUAUUAAUGCUGAAAUACAAAAUUGGUAAAUAAGACAAAAAACGGAUCAAUAAUUAGAAAACACUCUACACUUCUGUGUUAUAUAAUUACAGACAUCUGCUGACAUUUAUACUUGGAAUGAUACUAAUUUUUAAGGUUGCAGUAGAACGAAUCAGCUCGUUUCUUUGAUCUUUUCUGGCUUUACAAAAUCAGAUCUUUGAGUAUGCUUGCCUUUUCUGCUUUGCAACAGCCUCUCUAUGAUUAUCUAAAUAAAAAAAAAAA